AACCCUAGAAAGCAUUUCACAGUGUUUUGUUGUUUUUUUGUGCAAGCGUCGCAUUAUCUCUGUUCUAGUCGCAAAUCGGGGAUAUAUAUCCAUCGUUUAUCCGAUUGCAAGUGCCCAGGAGCUCAAGGAUAGUGCCCGCGAUCCCGUGACGAGGUUUCUCCUGGUGGAAACAACACCAAACAGCUGAGUAAGGAACAAAGGAACACCAUCACACACACACACACACACGCAGAGGCACGCAUAAGAGUGAGCGAGCGAGACGGGGCGAGACUAGAAGAGCGAGAGAGGAGGCACAAUGGGACGCAUAUUUCUGGAACACCUUGGCGGCCUGAAACUCUUCAAUUGCGCCCAGUGCCACACAAACCUGACCAACCGCAGCCAACUGAUCAGCACCCGAUUCACAGGCGCAACAGGACGCGCCUAUCUGUUCAAGCGAGUGGUCAACCUGACCUUCAGCAACAUCCAGGAACGGGUGAUGCUCACGGGACGCCACAUGGUGCGCGACGUCAUGUGCAAGAACUGCGGCGCCAAACUGGGCUGGAUGUACGAGUUUGCCACCGAGGAGUCCCAAAAGUACAAGGAGGGCCGCGUGAUUCUGGAGUACGCCCUGAUCACCGAGGCGGAAGGCUUUCCGUCGGAGGCCGCCACUACGAGUCAUUGAGUCGACCGAGCAGACAGCCGGAAAACGAGAACCACGCAUUGGCAAACCGUGUGUAGCCCUAAGUAUUGAGUAGGAGGCCACAGGCGAUGGCCUCUAUGCAUUAGACCUAGUUUAGAGAUCGCCGUAGUCAGGCUCCGGGCACCGGAUACCGGAGUACCCGCUGCAUAUCCGGCACGGUGCACCUACGCCUACGGCUCUGUCUUAACGUGACUUAAACGUAGUUAUAGGCACAUCUAGCACGUAAGCAGCUGCGGCGCCCGAUUCUACCAAUUAACAUGUCAUGAGGCUGAAGUGCUAAAAUGAGUUAGGUCCUUUUACUCAGUUCGAAUUGAUCCGCAACUGAUGAUCCGAUGAUCCACACUUGUGUCUUUUUCAAACAAGAUCUCUAGACCGUAAUCAAUCACACCAAUCAAUCAGCAAUAAAGUACCACAAUAAUCGAAUAGUAUA